GUCAAGGACAAAGUCCGAUUGGCUGGGCUGUGGAUAUCAUAGAUUUCAAACAUAGUCACUCAGUGAAUCUGAAUGAUGGACAUUCAAUGCCAGUGCUUGGAUUUGGCACGCAUGCUUCUAAAGAGAUUCCAAAGAGCAAGGCUGCUGAGGCCACCAAAAUAGCCAUUGAUGUGGGUUUCCGUCACAUUGACGCAGCAUACUACUAUGAAAAUGAGGAAGAACUUGGACAGGCCCUUCGAGACAAGAUGGUUGACAGAUCUGUGAAGAGGGAGGAUUUAUUUUACACCACCAAGCCUGGAGAGGAACUUAUGCCAGAAGACGCUAAUGGAAAAGUCAUUUUAGAAACAGUGGACAUUCGUGAUACAUGGGAGGCCCUGGAGAAAUGUAAAGAUGCAGGUUUAUCAAAGUCUAUAGGGGUGUCUCAUUUCAAUCACAAGCAGCUGGAAUUGAUUCUGAACAAACCAGGGUUGAAAUGCAAGCCCACUUGCAAUCAGGUAGAAUGUCACCCAUAUCUCAACCAGAGCAAACUCCUGGAGUUCUGCAAGUCCAAAGACAUUGUUCUAGUUGUGUACAGUGCCCUGGGAACCCAGAGAGACCCAUACUGGGUCAGCAGUGAUAGCCCAUAUCUCCUGGAGGAUCCUGUCUUAAUGACCAUUGCCAAGAAACACAAUCGAACUCCAGGCCAGGUUGCCCUACACUACCAGCUGCAGAGAGGUGUCGUGGUUCUGGCCAAGAGCUUCAAUGAGAAGAGAAUCAAAGAGAACUUCCAGGUGUUUGAAUUUGAAUUGACCCCAGAGGAUAUGAAAGCAAUCGAUAGCCUCAACAGAAAUUUUCGAUAUUCUAAAAUAUCAUUUGCGUUGGAUCACCCUUACUAUCCAUUCUUGGAAGAAUAUUGAACAUGAGCUGCUAAGCAUCACAGAGACCUUCUUCCCGCCAGGCAGUGUGUAGCUGUGCUUGGUGGGGUGGCUAAGAAGCAGGAUCCCUGUUGCCUUGUGCCUGUCUAAUCUCACAAAACUACAAAUCACGAGUGAGGACAUUUGUUUUUCCUGAUGAUUUAAAAAUGAUAGAAAAUGACAGAGCAUUUACAAAUUAAAAGAAGUAUUUGAUGUUGUUUCCUUGAUUUUUAUGC